UGGCCAGCAGCUCCUCAGAGUGUUCUGCGCCCAGGGCCCUGCCAGAGCUGCUCCCACAGCCUCCGGGAGCCUCUCCCACCGCUGCUCACACCUCCCCCACCAGCCAGCUUCCCAGAGCAGGCGGUUGCAUCGCUGUCCCCAGGCAGCCAGGCUCCGGGCGGGGCCUUCGCCGCUGCUGUGCUUUGACCAAGAUGUGGUAAGCUCUCUCCCUGAACCCCACACGCCCUUUAGAAGGGAGGCUGGUUCGAGCCAGGAGCCCGCUGGAAGAGUUCAUCCUUUCACUUCUGGAGAAGAUGCAGGUGCAGGAGAUCCUGAGAAUGCUGCGGCUGCCCGAGCUGGGUGACCUGGGCCAGUUUUUCCGCAGCCUCUCAGCCACCACCCUUGUGGGUAUGGGGGCACUGGCUGCCAUCCUCGCCUACUGGUUCACGCACCGGCCAAAGGCCUUACAACCACCGUGCAACCUCCUGAUGCAGUCAGAAGAAGUGGAGGACAGUGGUGGGGCCCGGCGAUCUGUCAUUGGGGAUGGCCCUCAGUUGCUCACCCACUACUAUGAUGAUGCCAGGACAAUGUAUCAGGUGUUCCGCCGUGGGCUUAGCAUCUCAGGGAAUGGACCCUGUCUUGGCUUCAGGAAGCCCAAGCAGCCUUAUCAGUGGCUGUCAUACCAGGAGGUGGCUGACAGGGCUGAAUAUCUAGGGUCCGGACUUCUCCAACACAAUUGUAAAGCAUGUACAGAUCAGUUUAUCGGCGUUUUUGCACAAAAUCGGCCAGAGUGGAUUAUCGCAGAGCUUGCCUGCUACACCUACUCCAUGGUGGUGGUCCCGCUCUAUGACACCCUGGGCCCUGGGGCCAUUCGCUACAUCAUCAACACAGCUGACAUCAGCACUGUGAUUGUGGACCAGCCUCAGAAGGCAGUGCUUCUGCUGGAGCACGUGGAGAGGAAGGAGACCCCGGGGCUGACGCUCAUCAUCCUCAUGGAGCACUUUGAGGAAGCCCUGAGAGACAGAGGGCAGGAGUGUGGGGUGGCCAUCACAUCCAUGCAGGCUGUGGAGGACUGUGGCCAACAGAAUCAUCAUGCUCCUGUGCCCCCGAAGCCCAGCGACCUCUCCAUCGUGUGUUUCACGAGCGGCACGACAGGGAACCCAAAAGGUGCGAUGCUUACCCACGGGAAUGUGGUGGCUGAUUUCUCAGGCUUUCUGAAGGUGACAGAGAAAGUGAUCUUUCCGAGACAGGACGAUGUGCUCGUCUCCUUCCUGCCUCUGGCUCACAUGUUUGAGAGAGUGAUCCAGUCUGUCGUCUACUGCCACGGAGGGCGCGUUGGCUUCUUCCAAGGGGACAUCCGCCUCCUCUCGGAUGACAUGAAGGCUCUCUGCCCGACAAUCUUCCCUGUGGUCCCACGGCUGCUGAACCGAAUGUACGACAAGAUCUUCAGCCAAGCAGACACGCCAUUAAAGCGCUGGUUCCUGGAGUUUGCAGCAAAACGUAAGCAGGCUGAGGUCCGGAGUGGAAUCAUCAGGAAUGACAGUAUCUGGGAUGAACUCUUCUUUAAUAAGAUUCAGGCCAGUCUCGGAGGGUGUGUGCGAAUGAUCGUUACCGGAGCAGCCCCCGCGUCACCAGCUGUCCUGGGAUUCCUCCGGGCAGCUCUGGGGUGCCAGGUUUAUGAAGGUUAUGGCCAAACCGAGUGCACAGCGGGAUGUACCUUCACCACGCCUGGAGACUGGACCUCAGGGCAUGUAGGGGCACCGCUGCCCUGCAAUCAUAUCAAGCUCAUCGAUGUCGAGGAACUGAACUAUUGGACCUGCAAAGGAGAGGGAGAGAUAUGUGUGAGAGGACCAAACGUGUUCAAAGGUUACCUGAAAGAUCCAGCCAGGACAAAGGAGGCCCUGGACUGCGACGGCUGGCUUCACACCGGGGACAUCGGGAAAUGGCUGCCGGCGGGAACUCUUAAAAUUAUUGAUCGGAAGAAGCAUAUAUUUAAACUUGCUCAGGGAGAGUAUGUUGCUCCAGAGAAGAUUGAGAACAUCUAUAUUCGGAGCGAGCCUGUGGCGCAAAUCUAUGUCCACGGGGAUAGCUUAAAGGCCUUUUUGGUGGGCAUUGUCGUGCCUGACUCUGAAGUCAUGCCCUCCUGGGCCCAGAAGAGAGGAAUCGAAGGGACGUAUGCAGAGCUCUGUGCUAAUAAGGAGCUGAAGAAAGCCAUCUUGGAAGAUUUGGUGAGGUUAGGCAAAGAAAGUGGACUCCAUUCUUUUGAACAGGUUAAAGCCAUUCACAUCCACUCUGACAUGUUCUCAGUUCAAAAUGGCUUGCUGACACCAACACUCAAGGCCAAGAGACCUGAGCUGAGAGAGUACUUCAAAAAGCAGAUAGAAGAGCUUUACUCAGUCUCCAUGUGAAGUUCAAGGAAAGUGCUUCUCAGCAUAAUGGACUGUGUAGUGAUACUAUAGUUAUUCUUGAAAGUAAUGAAUCAGAAUGAUGCAGCUGAAAAAGAAUGAGCACGUGACCUUAAGACUGAGCCUUUUCCUGUCCCAAGAUGUCUUUAACAAUAUUUUCUCUAUCAUCACCGAGUACACUUUAUUUUUUAUUAAAAUGACAUUGUAACAAGCUGCUAAAAAUAUCACAAUGGCAAUGUAAAAAUCAAGACUCUUCUCAAGAACUGUGUACCACUAAAAGUAAUAUAUUCUCAAUGUUCAUAGAACUCCUAUUAAACAUAAAGGAAAAACAUAACUGAUAUACUGUACUUAAUUUGUGGAAUAGUAACCAGAAACAGUGAAUAGCUAGGGCAAUGUGGACUACCUCAUUCAGAAACUGACUGUCAAAAUCUCAAUGAAAUCAGACUUAAAAAAUUAAAAUUAGGUGUAUAGAAUCAUGCUGAAACAAAGCAUAACUCACUUCUACAUAUCGUCAGACUCUCUCAACAUGACAAUCUUUAUUGAUGUGAAAGUUUUCUCUCCAAUUUUUACUUUUAUUCAUGAAAAAUGAAAAUUCAGAUAUUCUUAAGAGAAAUGUUAUAUUUACAUAACAAUCCACAAAGAACUUUCAGUAAAUUGUCUCAUUUGUUAAGCCCAUUAAAAUAUUCAGGAGCUGCCUAAAAAAAUGCAAUAUGUAACUACUUCAAGGGUAGUGUGUGAAUAUUCAUGGACUUCUUACCACAUGAAUUCUAAAACAUAUCUGUAGACUCUACAAUGUAGGGACCUUUGGGGAAGACUUUGGAGAAAAAAACCAGAAUUAUUUCUCAGGGUGGGCAGCAAUUAAUGUACUUAUGUUCCUUGCUGGCUUCUUCCAAUCUUCCAUUCUCAAUAUGACCAUGCCAGGCCUGGGAAACGUAGUAUGGCUAUAAUUCUGAACAAUGUCACUUUCUUUCAAUAAGACUAUCAAGGCAGGAUGUAGGGAGGAGGGGAUGCUAAUUACAAAUAAAAUAAUUUUUCAACAGCAUAAUUUUGAAGAACCUCUUCAAAAUACCCCUAGAAAACUGUUCUAAGUCCACUACAGAGAAAUAUCUCCUUAAGGAUAAUAUAAAAUCUUUAAAUACUUCUAAGCUUAACCUUGGAAGCAUCCUCUCUUACAUUAUGUGUUUAGACAUAUUUCAUAUAAUUAAAGCCCAGCACAGACAGCAAUCAAGUUCCAAGCUACAGAUCACACUUCUGCAGAAGAACCAUCUGUGAGUGUUUUCUUCUGUAGAGAAGGGGUCAGUGUUCACAGCCCAGACAUUCCUUACCCCUGAAGAAAAUUCAAACUUAAAUAAAUUGUAUUGAUUAAAAA